AUGGGACCCGAGUUCGCCAAAGCGCCGAGAUCCCGGCUGCGCCCCCGCCAGCCCCGCCUGGCGCCGCACCACGUGGGGCCGGCGCGCCCGGCAGCCGAGGACCGGAGCCCGGACUGUGCAUCACGCCGCGGGCCCCCCUUCCAGGAGGGGCGGGAAGGAAAAGGCGGCAGAGACGGAGAGUGGUGGGCGCUCCGGGGCGCCCAGUGCCUGCCGGUGUUCUCCGCUGCGCUCCCUCUGCUGGCGCGUAGCGGCUCCAGUGCGUCCCGGCCCGGGUCCCAUCACCCAGUCUCGGCCGCCCGCUGCGCAAGGAGGCGGGUCCUCAAGAGCCUCCCCCAGCCUGUGUUGAGCCCCGACGUCUUGCCCACAGCCCAGAGGCGCCGGGGUCAACUGCUGCCAGCCUGCGGCCCAGGGCGGGGGGUCGGCCGCCAGCCCGCAGGGCCGGCGCGACGUGCAGGAGCCUCCGGCGCGCCAGUCUGCACGCCGCGCACGUCCAGGGCUCUACAACCAGAGAAUGUAACUGCACUGGCAUUAUUUGCUUUCCACUCUGCCCAGCAAUCAUGGCUCACUAGCUGGCAGGGCCACACAGGGCCACAUCUCCUUCUGGGGUGCAGGCGUACAAGUGUUCCUGUCCCUCCUGUGCAGGGACAGGAGACGGGUGAGCCAAGCAGAACAGCCGUCUGUGAGUCACAUCUCCAGAACAACCAGCAAAUGGCCAGCACCUGCUCGCCCACCCCCUCCCGCACCUGCCAACCUCACCAGGGGGGUUUGGCCGCUGGACAGUCAGGGUGGGGCCAGCCCAAACUGACCACCCCUCCAGAAGAAAGUGACAGAUGUUAGUGCCAGCAGGUCCUGCCCUCCCAUCGACAGAUGUCAAGACAUGAAAAAUUGGGGUAAAUGAAGAGUGCACGAUUAGAUUCGGGCCCAAGCUGGGUUCUUGUGGGUGCCAGAGACAGCUGCGAAGGCACGUCAGGGACAAUCGCCCUGAUGCGGUGGGGACUGCCAGGCCCGGGUGCCUGGGGACAGCUGGACGAGGUGCCGACACAGGGCUCCUUCCUCCAAAGCCGGCCUGCAUCUACUGGGCGCACCGCCAACCGCGAGCUUGAGCGCCUGGGCUCUGGGGCCGCGCUGGGGGAGAUGCAGGCGGGCCCACCUAGGGGUUCCCGGGACACCAGCCUGUCUUGGGCUAAUGGCUCCUCUCAGGGGAGCCCCCUUGCUCCCCUCCCCUCCCCUUCUCGGCCCUUUCUGGCUCUUUCCAGGUGGGGCUCAGCUCCAGGUCUCUUGAAACUAGCACUGAGGGCAGUCAGGCCUCCCCUCAGCACCUCUGGCCUCUCCUGUAUCUUCUUAUCUUGUUUUCAUAUAGAUUUUUGCUUGAAAAUAUAGGUUCAGGAGACUGCCACAGGCCCCUGGUGUUGGUGAACGCCCCUGGCUGCUUUGUAGUGGCCACAGCAUGUGGGCGCGAGCAGAGGGUGUGGGGGGAGGAAAGCAUCUCAGUGCCCCCACCUGGCACCAGGCCCUGACCUGCAGCUCAGUGUUUGCAGAAAAUGUUUGUUUGGUUUUUUGAGGGGGGCACCUUCGUGAGGCACAAGAUGUACCCAUAUCUAAAUAUUACUUUAAAACUGCUAACUGCUCCCUAAUAUAGAUGAAGGUGCAAGUUUAGUAUAAAUGACAUGACCUAUUCCGACAGGUGAAAGCAAUGCCUUUUCAGGUGAUUCUGAAACAAGGACCAGGGCAGAUUUUUUUUUUUUAAUUUUAGUGAAAUUCACAUAGCAUAAAAUUAAGUAUUGUUAGGUGUACAAUUCAGUAGCAUUUAGUACAUUCACCAUGUUGUACCAGCAUCACCACUAUCUAGUUCUACAAUAUCUUCACCCUACAAAGAAACCCUGUCCCUGUUAGCAGUCACUCCUCGUCCCCCUCCCCCAGCCCCUGGGAACCACGGAUCUAAUU